AUGGAUUACAUUUUGCGCGAGGGGAAGCGUGCUGUGGAGCAACUAGAAGCUGGUGGCCAGAGCUCAAAUGCUGCACGCCGAGCAAAAAAGGUGCUGAAGCUUUUGGAAAAAUUUAGAACCCCCCCGGGGGAAUCGAGCCCGAAGCACCUGGAUGUGGAGGCACGCAUCUCGGCAUAUAGAAUUUUUCAGUGUAGACACGCUCUAGAACAGCUGCAGCCGUGGGUAGGGAGCUCGAUGCCGAUCCCCGACAUAUUAAUCGAACGUGUCCUUAAAGUUCUCUCUUGCACCAGAGGAGUGGGAAAAGCACGACUAAGAGCAGACGCCGCUGCGACUUCCUGGGUGCGUAGGGCGCAAGCCACGCUUAAUUCUUUUCUUGUUAUGGAGAUGCAUUACAGAGGUUAUUCCGUUGUCCUGAAGGCCUCACUUGAAGAGGAGAUGGAAAAACUUAAGCAACGAUUCCAAGAGCUCUCAACGUUGCUCCGACAUAGCAUCGAAUCCGCUCGUCCGCAGCUAGAACAGCACCUGGAACAGCAGCGCCAGCAGCUGCAGCAGCGGCAACAGCAGGGCGUACAACACCUCCAACGUGAACAGCAUCUUCCGAGCGACCAGCUUUCCGAGGGCAUCGCGGUGCUUAGCUCGGCCCUCCAACAUCUUGAGCAACACACUACUCUGAGGAGUGGUGCGAUGGUACUGCCUCCGCAACCUUCCUGGCCUUAUCCUGCCCCUUCCCAUGGAACCUGGUCGGCACCGAAUCCCUCUCUGCGGAAACCUCCAGUGGUACAAUCUACACGCCCUCCUCUUACAGACUCGGUCCAGCAUAUUCCCGUUGCUUUUCCUGGGCCAUGGGAUCAA